AUGAUGAUCCAACUGACUUUUCCCGACAAUUCCGUGCGCGAGUAUGAGGCAGGUACCACCGGUCUUGCCAUUGCCGAAGGCAUUUCCAAGUCGCUUGCCAAAAAGGCGGUCGCAGUGGCGCUGGAUGGCGAACUGAAAGACCUCUCCGACGCCAUCUCGGCUGACCACAGCAUCGAGAUAGUGACACGUGACGACCCGCGCGCGCUGGAACUGAUCCGGCACGAUGCCGCACACGUCAUGGCCGAAGCGGUACAGGAAUUGUGGCCGGGAACCCAGGUCACGAUCGGUCCGGUCAUUGAAAACGGCUUUUACUAUGAUUUCAAAAGGGUGCAUCCGGAUUCCGGAGAGGACUGGCCUUUCCACCCCGAUGACCUUGCCGUUAUCGAGAAGAAGAUGCGCGAGAUCAUCGCCCGUGGCGCGCAAUUCACCAAGGAAAUCUGGAGCCGCGAGGAAGCCAAAACCUAUUUCGCCGCCAAGGGCGAGCAUUACAAGGUUGAGCUGGUCGAUGCGAUUCCCGAAGAUCAGGAACUCAAGAUAUACAAACAAGGUCAAUGGCUUGACCUUUGCCGUGGACCGCACAUGGUCUCGACCCGUCAGAUUGGCGAUGCCUUCAAGCUGAUGAAAGUGGCCGGCGCCUACUGGCGCGGAGACUCGAACAACGAAAUGCUGAGCCGCAUCUACGCAACUGCCUGGCACAAUGAGAAGGAGCUGAAAGGUUACCUUCACAUGCUGGAAGAGGCCGAGAAGCGUGAUCACCGCAAGCUUGGGCGCGAGAUGGAUCUCUUCCAUUUCCAGGAGGAAGGGCCCGGCGUUGUCUUCUGGCAUCCGAAGGGCUGGGACAUGUUCCAGAACCUUAUCGCCUACAAGCGUCGCAUCUUGAAGGAAGACUACAAGGAAGUGAAUGCGCCGCAGGUGUUGCAUACCUCGCUCUGGGAAACUUCCGGUCACUGGACCUGGUACAAGGAGAACAUGUUCUCCGUGCAAUGCGCCGAUCCGGAUUCCGAGGACGACCGCGUCUAUGCCCUGAAGCCGAUGAAUUGCCCCGGACAUGUGCAAAUCUUCAAGCAUGGCCUGAAGAGCUAUCGUGACCUGCCGAUGCGUCUGGCCGAAUUCGGCGUGGUUCACCGGUAUGAGCCGUCGGGUGCUCUUCAUGGCCUGAUGCGUGUGCGCGGCUUUACCCAGGACGAUGCACAUGUCUUUUGUACCGAAGAGCAGUUGGCGGACGAGUGCCUGAAGAUCAACGACCUGAUCCUGUCGGUAUACAAGGAUUUCGGUUUCGACGAAAUCGUGGUCAAACUCUCGACCAGGCCAGAGAAACGCGUCGGCACCGACGAAAUGUGGGAUCACGCCGAAGCCGUCAUGGCUGACGUUCUGGAACAGAUCGAGGCUCAGUCCGAAGGUCGGGUGAAAACCGACGUCCUGCCGGGCGAGGGGGCGUUUUACGGUCCCAAGUUCGAGUACACGCUGCGCGAUGCCAUCGGUCGAGAAUGGCAAUGCGGAACGACGCAGGUCGACUUUGCGUUGCCGGAGCGUUUCGGUGCGUUUUACGUCGACAAUAACGGCGAGAAAAAAACGCCUGUGAUGGUCCACCGCGCAAUCUGCGGGUCAAUGGAACGGUUCCUCGGCAUUCUGAUCGAGAACUAUGCAGGACAUUUCCCGCUCUGGUUCGCUCCGUUGCAGAUUGUUGUUGCCACCAUUACUUCGGAAGCUGACACCUACGGUCAGGAAGUCGCAGAUCUUCUGAAAGCCAGCGGAUUGAAGGUGGAGACCGACUUCCGCAACGAGAAGAUCAACUACAAGGUUCGCGAACACUCGCUUGCCAAGGUUCCCGUGAUUAUCGUGUGUGGUAUGCGGGAAGCGGAAGAACGAACCGUCAAUGUCCGCCGCCUCGGGUCGAAAGACCAGAGGUCCAUGGGUCUGGAUGAGGCUGUUGCAGCAUUUGUCGAGGAAGCGACACCGCCGGACUUGAAAUAA